AUGGGACCACUGCAGCCCCUCCGUCUUUUCCUUUCUCUUCCUACUUUCCCAGAGAAACCGACAAAGUUGGGUGCUAGCUCUUCUCUCCUUCUGCAGAACAUGGAAGGUGUUCUACUGAUCUUGGCACUGACAGAAGAGCUGGUGUUUUCUGUUCAGGUACUGUCUCCCACUGUCUCCUCCUCUCAGGGCUUCCCAAUGGACACUACCACUAUCACAGCCAUGGGAACAACACCUCGCCACAAAGACCGCCACAUGGCAGAGCCCCUUCCCACGUCUGCUCACGCCGUUCCCCGUCCCGUCAGCCUGGCGGAGCAAGACCCGUCCAUGGGGCAAAAGCAAGCGAGCAGCCCUCACGUCGGUGAAAAGGAAAUGUAUCAUUUAUACAACCAGAGUGCUUUGUACUCGGGACAGACUCGCCCCAAGGGGAAAAUAUUCCAGGUUUUCAAAGGCAACUUCACAGAGUCCUCAGAGCCUUACCUAAAGACCACCCUGCACUCUCCCUUCCCUACCCUGAGGAGCUCUUUCACAGACCACCCAUUUCAGUCCCAGACCGCAGCGUCCAGCAAUCCGAAUGGCACGGGGCUGGCAAGAACUACACACUCAGAGCCUUCUCCCCACCGCAACGCCUCGGGAAGCCUUAGGGAAGCAGAGCAAGGGGAUAGGGCCAAGCUGGUGGUGCAGGAGGCAGAUUUUGCCACCACAACUGCUGGACCAUCAACUGAUCCUGAAGCAGUGUCGGUGCCUUUUAAACCCACCCGCUACGGCGUAUGGGAUAUGCUGAGCAAAAACAACUCUUGGGUAACCUUGAAUCUCAGUACAAAUGUCCCUCUGUUUGCUGGCCCUGGAUCUGCAACAGCAGCCUCGGGUCACUCGGUUCAGACCAGUUUUGACGUCAGCGUCUCCUCCCCAGCAGCGGGAGACCCCAAGGGACCUGCUCCAACACAGCAUGGCACGGUGACUAACGCCACCUUGCUGGGCAGCGCUCUCUCCGCAGCGCCUGCCACGAGGUUGUCCAGCUCCAUUUCCACAGCUGGCUCUACCGCCACCGGGAACUUCCUAAACAGACUGGUUCCUGCCGGGACCUGGAAACCCGGGGUGCAAGGAAACAUCUCCCAUGUCACCGAGGGCGACAAACCCCAGCACAGAGCAACCAUCUGUCUCAGCAAGAUGGACAUUGCCUGGAUCAUUCUGGCUAUCAGCGUACCUAUAUCCUCCUGUUGUAAGUUAAUUGCCGCUUUAUUUUGCUUUCUCUUCCCUUAA